AUGACUAAACCCAUACAGUUAAGAAAACAUUCCAUGGCUAAUUAUCCAUUAAGAGUCUUAUCACAGCUUGAAAAAACACAUAGAUUUGACCAACUGCCUAAUUUAAAAAACUUUCCAUCGGCAAGCAGAAAAGCUAUUAGUAAUAAUAAGCUUCGUAUAGCGUGUACAUCAGACAUAUUUGAUAAUAUGACAAAAUUAGUGGAUUCAUGUCCACCGGCUGAUAUACUUAUCAUAGCUGGCAACAUUUCACGUACUUCAAAAUGGACUGAUAUUGUUAAGUUUCGCAAAUCACUUGAUGAUUUACCAACAACAUAUAAAAUUCUCGUACCAGGAAGUUCCGACUAUUGUUUCAAUCUUGAAAAUCUCACUGAUGAACAAGCUAAACAAUGUGAAAGAAAUACGAUUAAAAAGGAAUUAAAAUUACUUGGAUUGAAACAUAUUUCACAAUAUUUAAAUAAUGUUAUUUAUCUGCAAGAUAUGGGAGUUGAAAUAGCCGGUGUUAAAUUUUAUGGAUCACCUUGGGUAUCAAUCAAUAAAACAGCCGCAUUCUACUCUUCUCGCAAUGAAAUAAUGAAACAAUGGAAUCGUAUUCCGCGUGGCAUCGAUGUUUUGAUUACUUGUCAACCGCCAUUAGGUCACGGCGACGCUGACUAUAUUGAAGAGCAUUUAGGCGAUGUUGACCUUCUUGCAUUUGGUAUGUCAUUCAAUGGAUAUACAUAUUUUGUUAAUUCAGCAAUGUGUACACGUUCCUAUAACCCGUCGAAUGAUUUUAUUGUAUUUGACGUUCCAAUGCCUGACAGGGCAUCGAAAUCUUCUCCGAAUAUUAACUAUUUCACUGGACUUGUGUAA